AUGGGCCCAGUUGGUUCCAAGACAGACUCCAAAGUCUCUGACGAAGCGGGAGGACUUGCCUACCUAAUUCCUAACCACAAUCAUCUCUCUAGACGAGGAUGCCCACCACUUUACGUAUUGGCAGCUGGAAGACUCACUGACAAUGCAGGAGAGGAGACCUACCAACACUUGAUCUGGGCAAGUCUAAAGCAAUUGUGCUUGGUAGUAAGGUUAUACUCUGCUCGGCUGUGGAGAAAAGAGGCAACGAAGCUGCUAUACAAAAUACUUGCCGAAGUACUUGCAAGUACUGUAUCCGCUGAGAUGUUCUCACGACCUGCUGCAAUCGAAAACUGGGCGAGUACUGCCGAAAACUCUGCAAAUAUAGUUAUUCAGCUGCCCGGCAACAACCUCGAUAUAGAAGCGCUAUUCGCUGAAAUCGCAGGCAUCUGGCUGUAUGGCCUUGUUGAUCUUCGUCUACUGUGCUCUGGCACACGGGAUCUCCAUCCCCGUCCCUACUUUUCACUGCGUGGCUUGGGCCAGAUCGGGAACCAGGGUCCCGACUGCGGGCUGGCGGCUACUUUUGUUGGCUAUUCGGGAGAGGUUGUCUUUGACCCUAGUACCCCGGCUGUGGCAGUGGCGGAAACCGACCAGCUGGACUCUGUUUCUUUUAUAACCCCUGAAGGCGUAGAGCACAACGGGGACGGCGUCCGGAAGGCGUCCCUGAUGGUACUAAGAUGGAGUGCAGAUGAUGCUUGUCAAAAAUGGUGGUGUUGA